AUGGGAGAUGCUAAACCAAUCAAAACUCCUUUUGAGCAAAAUCAGAAAGUUACUUCGUUUGAAUAUGAUCAGAGAUAUCCACCAACAGAAGAAGAUAAACUGCUGGAAGAUCCUUCUAUGUUCAAGAGAUUAAUAGGCAGAUUGCUUUAUCUAACUAUGACUAGACCAGAUAUUAGUUUCUCAGUACAAACUCUCAGUCAACAUAUGCAUAAUCCAAAGCAGUCACAUUUGGAAGCUGCACUGAGAAUUGUCAAAUAUGUUAAAAAGAGUCCAGGACUUGGACUCCUGAUGUCGUCAAAUAGUAGCAUGGAAUUAAUAGCCUACUAUGAUUCUGACUGGGCUUCGUGUCCAAUGAGUAGAAAAUCUGUUAGUGGAUAUUGUAUAAAGCUAGGCGAAUCUCUCAUAUCAUGGAAAACAAAGAAACAAAACACUGUGUCCAGGUCAUCACCAGAAGCAGAAUAUAGAAGCAUGGCAAGCACAACUGCAGAGAUUGUUUGGCUUUUGGGACAGCUGAAAGAAUUAAACCUGGAAAAGAUAAAACCUGUGAAACUUUUCUGUGACAAUAAAGCUGUUUUGCAAAUUGCAGCCAAUCCAAUUGGAGAACAAAUAGCAGAUAUCUUGACCAAAGGACUGGGUAGACAGCAGCAUGAGAAACUGGUUGCAAAACUCGGAAUGAAAGAUAUCUACAAGGUACCAACUUGA